AUGAAAACACCAUACCUAGUACUCAGCUUCGCUGCCCUCACAACGGCGUUAUCAAUUCCAUCUCCGCUACAACAUUUCCUCAGUGGAAAUGGCAUCGCCACCCCUCAAAACAGCCUCGACAUCAAGAAACCGUCCUCCAACGACCUAGCCCAUAUCAUUGACUCGUCCCCUCUUCUCUCUUUUCAUCGUGAUAUCACCAAGAUCGAAUCUAUCAGUGGCAACGAGAAGAACGUCGGUUCCUUCAUUAUCGACUUCCUCGCCUCGCGCAACUUCACCGUCGAGAAACAGAUCGUCGAACCACAAUCUGACACCACACCCGAGCGCUUCAAUAUCUACGCCUACACUGGGGAGGACCGACACCCGGAUAUCAUCCUAACCAGCCACAUCGACACGGUCCCGCCCUUCAUCCCUUACUCUCUCCACGCACCCACCAACUCGAAGUCAAACCCAGCCUCGACAUCUUUCGCGCGAGAAGAUCUCCUCAUCGCGGGCCGCGGCUCCGUCGACGCCAAAGCUAGCGUCGCGGCCAUUGUCUUCGCCGCGCUCGAAACCCUCGCCGAGAAGCCAUCCACCUCACUCGGUCUUCUCCUCGACGUCGGCGAAGAGAACAGUGGUGUUGGCAUGAAAACGUUCUCGAGCUCUGAUCUCAACCCCUCUCCGUCUUCCUUCCACGCCAUCAUCUUCGGCGAACCGACCAAUCUCUCCCUCAUCGCGGGCCACAAAGGCGCGCUGGGAUUCCGACUCGUCGCGACCGGUAAGGCCGCGCACUCAGGAUACCCGUGGCUCGGAAAGAGCGCGAUAUCAGCUAUUCUGCCUGUUCUGUCGCACCUGGAUACAUUGCAGACGACUCCGUCCGAGGAAGGCGGGCUCCUGCGCAGCGACAUUCUCGGUAACUCAACCCUGAACAUCGGGACUGUGAUCGGCGGGGUCGCGCAUAACGUUGUUCCUGCGUCUGCAGAGGCAGGCAUCGCAAUCCGUCUAGCAGCUGGCACACCUGACGACACGAGACGGAUUAUCGAGAAGGCCGUGGAGGAUGUUACGGGCGGGGAUGGGAGUGUUUACGCGGACUUUUAUAAGGCAGGGUUUGCACCGCAGCAUCUCGAUGCCGAUGUCGAUGGGUUUGAUGUGAUUACCGUCAAUUAUGGAACGGAUGUGCCUGCGCUGGAGGUACAUGAACGAGAGGAUGGGGGAAGAGUGAAGAGGUAUUUGUAUGGGCCUGGAAGUUUCUAUGUGCCGCAUAGUAACCAUGAGGCAAUUACUGUGGGCGAGAUUGAGGAGGCUGUUAGAGGUUAUAAGAAGCUGAUUUUGGCUACGGCAGAGAGGCAUGAAAGUGAGUUGGAGUGA